AUGGGGAAACUGAUCAGGAUGGGGUCACAGGAGAGGCGGUUACUCCGGCCAAAGAGGCUUCAUUGGAGUCGCUUCGUCUUCCUGCUGGGAAUAUUGAUCAUCAGUUCCACCUAUCAGCACCUGAGAAGACCCCGGGGCCUCUCCUCACUGUGGACAGAAGUCUCUUUACAACAGCCUGUAAAACUAGCUAGCCGAGAUCUCCCCAGUGAUGAAAUGAUGAUGGUGAGCAGUGAUCCUCCAAAGGCUAGCCCUGUAACGGAGAGUGAGAUGCUGGUACCCCAAGCCAUGGUGGGCAGGGAUGAAGGAACACCUAGUAUAACGAUGGAGAACGCCCCCAAUAUUCCCAGAGGGACAGCUGAGAUUACCACAGCAACAAUCAAAAAUAAUUACAGCCCAAAAGCUGUGGGUACAGAAAGAGUGAAGGAAAACACCCCAACCACAUCUAGUAGAAUAUUGAAUCACUACACCCCAACUUCAAGCAGACAAAAAGUAAAAUAUUAUACCCCAAUGCCCAGGGGAGAAAUGAAGAGUCACAGCCCAACAAAGGGCAGGAGAAAGGUAAAGAAGUAUACUCCAUCCCCACCUGGUAGAAUAGUAGACACUUAUGCUCCAUCUACACUCUUGGCAAUGGAAACAAGCCACACAACCACUCCCAGUUCAACAGUGAAAGACAGUGAAACUACAGCAACCUAUAAAAUGCUAAAAACAAACUCUCCCAAGAGAAUAGUGGAGGAAGCCACCCAAACUACUCUCAAGGGAAUAGUUGGUAACACCCCAACGUCCCUGACACAUGAGGUAGAAACAAACAUCUUGACUUCUCCAAGGAAUGCAGUGGAAAAGAGCACCCUGACUAUCCCCAGAAGAGUGGAAAGUAACAGCUCAACCAGUCCCUGGAGGUUAGUGGGAAAGAGCAACCUGACAACUCCCCAGAGAACAAUCUUGGAGCACACCCCAGCUGUCCCUGAGGGGCAAGUGACAGGCAGCAGCCCAGCAGAAACAAAAACCUCUACUACUGCCCAGAGUAUUAAGAAUCCCUUGCCCAGAACUAGCGCAUCAACCAUCAGAACAGCCCCAGCCACUGUCGGGAGGCUGGCAAAGAAAGCUCCCACAGUACCCAGCACCUCAGCAACCCUCAAGGUCAGGGCAGCUCCAACCACCCAGGUCCAUCACUGUAUGGUUGUGAAGCCAGCCCCCGCCAUGCCCAUCACCCCUUCCCUGAGCCUGACAACUGCCCUGCUCCCAGAAGUGCCCAGUCCCUCAGUGCUGCCUCCCAGCUGGUCAGACAUCUACCCCAAGGCAGAGUACCCCCCGGAUCUGUUCAGUGUGGAGGAGCGGCGGCAGGGCUGGGUAGUGCUGCACAUCUUCGGCAUGAUGUACGUGUUUGUGGCCUUGGCCAUUGUGUGCGACGAGUACUUUGUUCCAGCCCUGGGUGUCAUCACAGACAAGCUGCAGAUCUCAGAGGAUGUGGCAGGUGCCACGUUCAUGGCUGCUGGAGGCUCCGCCCCUGAACUCUUCACCUCUCUCAUCGGUGUCUUCAUUUCCCACAGCAACGUGGGCAUCGGUACCAUCGUGGGCUCUGCUGUAUUCAACAUCCUCUUUGUCAUCGGUACUUGUGCCCUCUUCUCUCGGGAGAUCCUCAACCUCACCUGGUGGCCCUUGUUCCGUGACGUCUCCUUCUACAUCCUUGAUCUGAUGAUGCUCAUCGUCUUCUUCCUGGACAGCCUCAUUGCCUGGUGGGAGAGCCUGCUGCUGCUGCUGGCCUAUGGCCUCUAUGUGUUUGCCAUGAAGUGGAACAGGAAAAUUGAGCGCUGGGUGAAGGAGCAGCUCAGCAGGAGGCCAGCAGCCAAGGUCAUGGCCUUAGAGGACCUCAACAAGCCAGGCGAUGGGGCCAUUGCAGAGGAUGAUCUACAGGAUAACAAGAAGCUGAAGCUGCCGUCCUUGCUGACCCGAGGGAGCAGCUCGGCCUCUCUGCACAACAGCACCAUCCGCAGCACCAUCUACCAGCUCAUGCUCCACAGCCUGGACCCCUUGGGGGAAGCCCGCCCCUCCAAGGACAAGGAGGAGGAAAGCUUGAAUCAGGAGGCCAGAGCCCAACCCCAGGCCAAAGCAGAAAACAAACCAGAAGAGGAGGAGCCAGCUGAGCUCCCUGCGGUCAUGGUCACACCAGCCCCUGCUCCAGACGUCGAGGGAGAUCAGGAGGAAGAUCCGGCUGGUCAGGGAGAUGAGGCAGGAGCUGAGAAUCCAGGUGAAAUGACAGGUGAAGAGGGUGAAACUCUUUGUGAAGGUGAAAUUGGAGAGAAAGGUGGAGAAGAAAUUCAGCCAGAAGGAAAAGGAGAUGAACUUGAAGGUGAGUCUGAAGCAGAAGGAAAAGGAGAUGAACUUGAAGGUGAGUCUGAAGCAGAAGGAAAAGGAGAUGAAGAAAAGGAAAGUGAAGGAGAAAUCCAAGCAGGAGAAAAUGGUGAAAUAAUAGAUGCUGAAGAUGAAACUGAAGACCAGAAAUGCAAUGCUGAAAAUCAAGAUGAAGCCAAAAAUAAUGAGAAAGGUGAUGGUGAAGGUGGAAGUGAUGGAGGUGAUAGUGAAGAGGAAGAGGAAGAAGAGGAGGAUGAGGAUGAAGAUGAAGAGGAAGAGGAAGAGGGGGGAAAUGAGGAGCCUCUGUCCUUGGACUGGCCUGAGACCAGGCAGAAGCAGGCCAUUUAUCUCUUCCUCCUGCCCAUUGUGUUCCCACUGUGGCUGACAGUGCCCGAUGUCCGGAGGCAGGAGUCUAGGAAGUUUUUCGUUAUCACCUUCCUGGGAUCCAUCAUAUGGAUAGCCAUGUUCUCAUACCUCAUGGUAUGGUGGGCUCACCAGGUUGGUGAAACAAUAGGGAUUUCUGAAGAGAUUAUGGGUUUGACAAUCCUAGCAGCAGGCACGUCAAUUCCUGACCUCAUCACCAGUGUGAUUGUCGCUCGGAAAGGCCUGGGAGACAUGGCUGUGUCAAGCUCUGUGGGCAGUAACAUAUUUGAUAUCACUGUGGGCUUGCCUGUCCCUUGGCUGCUUUUCUCUCUUAUCAAUAAAUUACAGCCUGUUCCAGUCAGCAGCAAUGGCUUGUUCUGUGCAAUUGUUUUGCUUUUUCUCAUGCUUCUGUUUGUGAUCUCUUCAAUUGCAUCAUGUAAAUGGAGAAUGAACAAGAUCCUGGGCUUCACAAUGUUUCUCCUUUACUUCAUAUUCCUGAUAAUCAGUGUGAUGUUAGAAGACCGAAUCAUAUCCUGUCCUGUAACUGUCUGA